AGCAUUCAUAAGCGAAUACUUUAUAUCGAGUUUGUCAUACUUUAUCCAGAGCAUAGUCGUCUCAAUCUGCUUUAGAUAGAGUAAUAGUGAACCAGCGAAGAUGCUCCCUCUGUUAUCCCAACCCAGCCACUACAGUCCCAAUCCAUCUUUUGACUCGUCUGGUUGGCCGUUGGAUUCUUCCCCAGUUUAUUUUAAUUUUCCAAUUAAUAAGUAAAUUUAUAACUGAAUUAACCUUCACAAAUUAUAAACGAAAUGGAUUACAACGAAGUGACUCGUGCACUAGAAAAACUCGGCUUGGAGCAGUAUAUUAACGAGUUCAAAAGUGAGCCCUUAUUUUUUGCACAUUUUUGGUCAUUUUGUGAUGAUCUUGUAUGCAAUAAUAUUGCUUAUAUUUAUACAGGAAAUCUUAUUACUGACAAGGCCUUCGUUCUGCUAACUAGAGAGGAUUUGGUGGAAAUCGUCCCUACUCUUGGUCAUCGACUUCAAAUAUUACGGGCAAUUGAUAUAUUAAAAAGUGGUCAGCAAGAUUCAAGAUCUCAAGCCGUGGACGACGAGAAAUCAAUUUUUAGUGCAUCGUUAUUAGACGAGAAAGAAAUGGAAGAUCGUGGGCUGCGCUGUGUCGGAUUGUUUGAAAAUUCUUCGUUCCAGCUAACGCCAAAACGAAAAGGAGUGCGCAAAAAUCCGAGAGUCUUGCAAUUUACUCCGAAUAAGACGGAUAAUCAGGAUUUGAUGGGUUCACGAACUCCAGCAGAAUUUCAACAAGAUGGUCCCACCCUUAAUCAACAGAAUUCUAAUGCUGAUAUUUCUGGCCCAAUUUCUCAACCAAAUUUUGUUUUUGAAACUCCACCAUUUGCGCCUAUUCUACAUAAUGUUCAAUAUAUACAGCUAAACAACCAAAGUUCUGAUACGGGCAGAAACAACAUCUAUGGAUUUAAUAUAGAGGAAAUUCUUCUUGCGGAUGAGAAUGUUCGUCGCAUCAUCAAUUCAAAAAUUCCGUCCAACGGCUUCAUCCUCCGAUCAGAUAGGCAAGCUAUAGCUGGGGUUUUGAUCAAAGAAAUCAUACGAUGUCUUGGCACAUGUCCGAGCAAAAAGGCGAUGGAACAGUUGGCGCGGCAUUUGGUACAACGGUACCCUAGUUUUGGCGAUCCACGACGCCCUGAAAACGGAUGGGAGAUGUGGUUUUUCCACACUCAUAUGGCCCCCUCGGCUACUGGAUUUCUCGAGGAAAGGCUCAAAAGUCAAAGAAAGAAAAUGAACGCUAAAACGACUCCAAUUGUAGAUAUCGACAUUAUAUUUGGGGAACCGGCUUUGUGUUGGGAUUCUGAUAAUGAGGACGAUAAUCCAGAGCCAGAUGAAGCUAAAUUAGAAUUUAUGCGACAGAACGUUGGAGUUGAAGUUAAGAAAAUGAUGACGGAAACUGCAUUUCAAAGGAGAACCAUAAUUCGAAGACAUUUUGAUGAGUACCAUAAACAGUUGGAUAUUUCAGCGUUGGCGAAAUUGGCUGAAAUGAUGCGGCCAUUGUUUGAUACGGAAGGCAUGAUAAUUCAAGAUUUUAAUAUUCGGCAUCCAUCAAUAAUGCUUGUAUUAUAUGAGAGAUGGCCCAAAGUUGCCAAAUUGUUAGUGGAAUACGCUGAGAAAAGUGGCGUAAAGUUAUGUAAGGUCCUGGACAUUUCUAAAAGUCGCUAUGAUUUUACUAACGAUGACUAUCAAAUAGUUGGAUACUGCCUCCUCCCCUUCAUAAUGCCAUCCACUGGACGAAGAUUAACACAGGAAGAUGAUGACGAAAUCGAUGAAGAAUCGAGCCAACUAUCAUCUUCAAAAAAGGCAAGGAAAGACCCAAAGAAAAAACGAAAACUACAAGCUACGGUCAAGGCUUCAGAUUUGGAUGCACUAAGGAGUCUUAUUUUAUUCAAGCCGAAGUCAACAAGUGUAGCGGAGGUCAUCCAUUUAAAUAAGAAAUUGUCACCGUUUAUCUUAGCUUUGGGGUCUACGAUUAAUUUAGAAUUUGAGUCGUUUUUUGUAAUUCUACAGAAGAUCGUCAUUCCGUGCGGCGAGAAAUUUAUGAAGGCAUUGGACACGUGUUUCAAGCUUUUUACGGUACUUUAUAUUCCAUUACCUUUAGAAUCGUUAGAUUUGUGGAUGUUUAUUGUUUAUGGGGUGGGAGGUAAACCAUUUUCUCGAGGUCACAUUCCGCCAGUUGUGCAGUCUUUAAUUGGACAGAUUCUUCCAAAAAUUUAGACUUUAUGCUCAAUUUUUAUUUAACGCAUAAAAGCAAUGUUAUUAGUAAAGUCAACGGUCUGAGUUUAAGUAAUUUUAAGUAAUGUAGUUUUAUAAUUUUAAUUACUCAAAUAUUUUAUAACUUGUAAUACCAUCAUAACAAUUAUUAUUAAUGAUUCAGGGUAAUUAAAAUUAAUCGCCCAUCAUAAAUAAAUAAUACGUGCUUGAUUGGUGAACUUUAUUUAAUGCAUACCCUUUAAAGCAUAGCCUUUAUAAAAAGUAAAAUGCACUUGAUCAAAAGUACAUAGUUAAACUCCAUCUAAAGUAAGCUCGUACCCCGAAUCAAGCUUGCAUUCACUUCAUCUACAGCGAUAGCAGUGCUUCAUUCAUAGCUCGCUGAAGUACUUCAGUCAAAGCAAAACUGGUUGCUUUUAUGAAGUAAACCUUAAAUUUGCUUGAUAUGGGUGAAGGGCACUUUUUACUUCACGAAAAGUCGUUUUUUGCUUUAGAUGAAGCGGUUUGUUUUUAGUGUGCGAUGAUGAAUUUGACCUUUUGGAUUUUUUUGCUACCUAUGUACAUAUUUAUUUAGUGGGGGUCACUCUCCGUGAAAAAUGGUGUGACCUCUUAUCAAUCACACCCUUGUUAAUUAAAUACGUAUGAAAAAUAAUUUUCCACAACACAAUUACUGGACGUAUACAUCAUGCCCUUUAAUCAAAUCAAAUUUUAGUCCAUGAAAUUUAAGUUCAUUUCAUACCAGAUUCCGAACCACACUCCUUUUUCAUAUGUAACAAUGGAAAAAUGUAAGAAUAAUAUCCUAAUCAAUCAUCACGUAAUUAUUAUCCACAUUAUGUAUAUAAGUAAAGUAUCAAAAUUAAAUUGGCGAAAAAGUACGUAAAGUAAAUCAUUAAAUAUUUUGGACAGUGAAUGAAAUCAGUAAGUAAUCAAUAUCAAGUAA